AAGAACAAUAUAAGAAGACAACCAAAGAAAGAUAUACAAUCUAGCAAAAGGAGAUCAAUGUCAGACUCGGCGGGAACGCCGGGUUCUUCUUCAAAUAAGUCUCCUCCACCACCGAGAAGCUCGAAAUCGCCACCAUCUUCAGAGUCUUCGCCUCAGCCUCCGCCGGAGGCUUCAACGUCGGGUGGGAAAGGAGGUCCUCCCCCACCAAACUCAUCCUCUCCUCCACCAGACGAUUAUUCUUCAUUCUCUUCGCCACCCAAGUCCUCUCCUCUUCCACCUCUACCUCCGGAUUCGGAAUCGAAAUCAAAGGUGAAUGGACCGCCUUCAAAAUUUGGUUCCCCGCCACCUAGUUCGUCGCCGCCGGGCUCAAGUUCUGGUACCCCUCCGCCUCCGUUGAAUUUGGGACCUCCACCACCAUCAUCACCAUCAAAUUCGAUAGUUUCACCACCACCCCCAUCGGCUUCUCCUCCUUCUCCUCCUCCUGCUAAACAAUUCCCACCUCCAUCACCAAUAUCACAAUCCCCCCCACAUUCUCCUCCUCCUCCUUCUCCUUCUCCUUCUCCUCCUCCUCCUCCUCUUCCUACUGUUUUACCUAUUCAACAAUCUCCACCACCACCAUCCCUUUCUCCUCCAACAGCCAUCUCUUCGGAGGCCAAGCCCAGUUCACCGCCGCCACCCAAGAUAUCGAGCCCUUCUCCACCAACUGAGCUUUCCCCUCGAACACAUUCCAAGUCUUCUCCACCGCCUCCGCCAUCCACUCAUUCCUCCAACACCAAAACUGAAGGUUCCUCCUCUAACUCUAAGGGAAGCUCCAGCUCACCGUCAGGAUCAAGUGGGACUUUCAUUGGGGCGGCAGUGGCGGGAGUGUUCAUCAUAGCCUUAAUUGCACUAUUUUUUGUGUCCUCAAUCCGAAGAAAAAGAAGAAGAAAACAGCUCUAUGGCUCCCAUUACAUGCCCCCCAAAAACGCUUCUGUGAGAUCAGAUGGAUAUUACUACAACCAGCAACAGGCAAUGGGGCACAGUGGAGUAGAUGGCUAUAAUAAUUCUUCCUUUGCAAGUAGCUAUGGGAGUCAAAGAGGAGGGAAUAUGUACCAUGGAGGGGCACCAGAUUCUAGCGGCUGCAUAAGCAGCGGAAAGUCCUUUUUCAGCUAUGAAGAAGUGAUGGAAAUAACAAGUGGGUUUUCUGGCCAAAAUGUUUUGGGUGAGGGUGGGUUUGGAUGCGUUUACAAGGGCUGGCUGCCUGAUGGAAAAGUGGUGGCAGUUAAGCAGCUCAAGGCAGGUAGCGGACAAGGCGAGCGGGAGUUCAGGGCAGAAGUCGAAAUCAUUAGCCGUGUCCAUCAUCGGCAUUUGGUCUCCUUGGUGGGCUAUUGCAUCUCUGAGCAGCAGAGACUGCUCAUCUAUGAAUUCGUUCCAAAUAAAACUCUUGAGCAUCAUUUGCAUGGCCAAGGAAUGCCGGUGUUGGAUUGGGUCAAAAGAAUCAAGAUUGCUUUAGGUUCUGCCAAGGGCUUGGCAUAUUUACAUGAAGAUUGCCAUCCAAAAAUUAUUCACAGAGACAUCAAGUCAGCAAAUAUUCUCUUGGAUGAUGCUUUUGAGGCACAGGUUGCAGACUUUGGACUUGCCAAACUAGCAAAUGACACGCAUACCCAUGUAUCAACUCGAGUGAUGGGGACAUUUGGGUACAUGGCACCGGAGUAUGCAUCAAGCGGAAAAUUGACAGAUAGAUCAGAUGUAUUCUCAUUUGGAGUUGUGCUUCUUGAGCUUCUCACAGGGCGUAAACCUGUUGACGCAAGUCAGCCUUUGGGGGAUGAGAGUUUGGUUGAAUGGGCUCGCCCACACCUUAUUCAUGCCCUUGAAACUGGUGAUUUUGGUGAAUUAGUAGAUCCAAGGCUUGAAAAGCAUUAUGUGGAGAGUGAAAUGUUCCGAAUGAUCGAGGCAGCUGCUGCGUGUGUUCGCCAUUCUGCUCCAAAACGGCCUCGCAUGGCACAGGUGGUGAGAGCACUAGACAGUGAAGGUGAAAUGUCUGAUCUUUCUAAUGGGGUGAAAUAUGGUCAGAGCACUAUAUAUGAUUCUGGCCAAUACAAUCAUGAAAUUUCAAGAUUCAGGAGGAUGGCAAUCGGCAGCGAUGGCUCAGAAUAUGACAUGUACAGUGGAGAAUACAAUUAUAGAGAAAUAUCUGGAUCUCAAUCUUCAGCGAGGUUCCGGGAUGCUUCAAGUGGUGAAUCAGAAACUAAAGCCAUUAAUGCACAUAACGGCGAGCACAGAUAUGGCAAUGGGCGUCGGUUUUGACUAAUGGUGAUUUCUUCUGCACAUUACUUGACCCACACGGCAUACCGGAAAAGGCUAUCUUAUGCAGGGACGGCCUUUGUUUGACUUAAUCUCACUUAACUAUUGUGUAAAGCUUUUCAUUUUUAUUUAUUUUUUUCUAUGAGAAUCUUGGUUGAUCAUGAGUCCCUCAAAUUAUCAGCAGAGUGGGGGAAGCUUGUAAAGUGCGAGUUUUAUUGGAAGGUAAUUUUUAAUAUCAACAAUCGUGUCUUUUCAAUACCAAGGUAAGACUAGUUUUGUGAGGAUACUUAUUGUGAUAAAUGUUUUAUUAUGGUGUAAUGAUUCAGUGUAUUACAUAUUUAACGCAUAUCAGUUACUUCUAUAAUUAGUGUGUUCUUUUUCUCGUUUCUGCUAGAAGAAUCACAUUACAGUGUAUGGUUUUAAAAUUGCAAUUUAAGUUUUAUUUGAAAGCCAUUAUCCUAUAUUAAUAUGGAAAUCAUAGACAGAACCAGGGGGCCAG